CACACUGCACCAUUUAAGUAGCCUACUGUGGCUGAUGUCACUUCCUGAGCACCGUAAUUGGUCUACAAUGACUCUUAACGCUGUGAAGAAUGGUUAGAUGAAAACACACAGACUUCCUCAGGGGAGAUGCUGUUGCUUCACUGAUCCACUGAAACCUUAACUGCUCGGACCUCACACUCUCUUUCUCUCUCCCUACCCCCCUUCCUCCCUCCCUACCUCUCUUUCGCUAUCUCUCUCCCUCUCCCACCUGCGGGGAGCUCCCAGCGCUCCAUCGUCGCAUAUUUCCUGCUCGCACCUCUGCUACCAUGGUCCCCAUGUGGCCCCUCCCUUACCGGAGUGGACUGAUAAUUAACUCUGUCACCGGGAGUAGCUGAAAUAAAUGUACCCGGAGCAACGGGAGAUCCCUUCCCACCCCUCUGCUGUUUGGCCGAUCUGCGCUCAAAGCUUUCACUGGACAGCCUCCUCUCUUCCUCGCGGCUGUGAUUCGACUGAAUUUAAAUCGUGAUUUAUUUUAUGAGGCGACCGGCGACAGCAGCAGCACCGGUUCAUAGACCCAGACCCGUGGGCGGCUGUGUGGCGUCUGGGUGGUGUUUGGCACUCUACACUGCUUCAUCCCAAUAACACCCCAAAUUCUGAAGAUAUUGCGAUGAGAAGUGAGAUGUAGAAAACGGAUGGGAGGCUAUUCACGGACAGAAUCUCCCACUACCUCCUCCUCACCUAACCAGUUGAUAUUUUUGAAAUAACUACCUAAAAAGUCUGGAGCACAUGAAACGCUGGUGAAUCCCGGAGAACAGGUCCAAAACACAGACUGAAUGAGUCCAUCUUUGGCUGUUGGACGGACUCCUCAAGACCACCGGACGGAUGCAAACAGAUUAAACACAUCUUGGCUAUUCAGAGCACCCUCAGCGUCUCCGCCAACGGUGUUCUAACCGAACGGGGUGAAUCUCACACCGUGGGACCGGUCGUUCCACAGACAGGGAGAAGAUGCCAUUCCACCAUGUGCGAGCAGGCCUGCUCUAUCCAGACAACUACCUGAGCGGCCCCCUGACGGACAGCAGCGAAACAUUCCAGCUCACCAGCAUCUCCACAGAAGAGCUGGGAGAGAUACGUGAGGCGUUUCGUGUUUUGGAUCGUGAUGGGAAUGGUUUCAUCUCUAAACAGGAGCUGGGCAUGGCCAUGCGCUCCCUGGGUUACAUGCCCAGUGAGGUGGAGCUGGCCAUCAUCAUGCAGAGACUGGACAUGGAUGGGGACGGCCAGGUGGACUUUGAGGAGUUCAUGACAAUACUGGGGCCCAAACUGCUGUCAUCUGACAACAGAGAGGGAUUCCUGGGCAACACCAUCGACAAUAUAUUCUGGCAGUUUGACAUGCAGCAGCUGUCUCUGGAUGAGCUGAAGCAGGUGCUGUUCCACGCCUUCCGGGACCACCUGACGAUGAAAGACAUAGAGAACAUCAUCAUCACUGAGGAAGAGAGCCUCAAUGAAACCUCAGGGAACUGCCCUGAGUAUGAGGGAGUCCAUCCUAAGAAGAAGAAUCGGCAGACGUGCGUCAGGAAAAGCCUGAUCUGCGCCUUCGCUAUGGCUUUCAUCAUCAGUGUCAUGCUUAUCGCAGCCAAUCAGAUGCUACGGAACGGCAUGGAGUAACCAAUUGCACUGUGAGCACGGGGAGUAGACAGAAUAGCCAUGACCUCACAUCUUGUCUUUGCAGCCAAAGCUGGACCUACCACAACCCAAACACUUCUCAAGUAAUCAAGUUGAGGUUUGUUUGUUUUUUUAUUUAAGUUGAGUUUACCUUACAGAAGCAGACAAUGUGAGUGAAAUGAAGAGAGAUAUAUUUGUUUUGCAUUGAAGAUGUCAUCAUGUAGAGUUACUGGACUUACUGGUCACAAUUAUGACCAUAAUUAUCAGAUUCUUUAAGAAACCUGAACUGUAAAAGAAUUAUGCUUUUAUAUAACUUGUGAGAAUAAACAGAAUGUUUUAUUUUGAUGAUUUCAAGACCACCCUUUAAACUUGAUUUUCUAAUUUCUGAAAAUAUUUAUCAGGUGCUUUAAGCAUUCCUAAUUUCACAAACAAACAAUGAUUAUUAUGGACAACAGCAUAUUUACCCCAGAGAAGUCGCACUGAAUGUGAACGGCCUGAAUGUUGGGCACAUUAAUUAAAUGCAUAGUAAAUCCCUCACAUUGUAUCACCCCUUUGUGAAACAUCCUCAGCUCGGUCGUCUAAUCUUGAGGCACAUUAAAUCUUUGUGUGCAUCUACAAGGAGCGCAGCUCAAGACUCAGUGAAGGACCACUUAAAAAUCAUCACUGCCCUACUGUCUCGAUUGAUUGAUCACUCAGCAUAUACAUAAUGUAAGCUCAGGCUGUCUGAGAAGGGUAACCUGUAAGAAGAGACUUCAGAUUUGUCCAAUGAAAGUGGAGACAGGAUUUUGGAUUGAUGAUAGGAUGACACUAGGAUAAAUGAUCUUUAGUUAUGUUCUGGGAGAAAACAUCUCUUUGUAAACCUGCCCAAAUGUGGUAAAUAUAAACCACACAAAAGCAUGCCAGUAUAUACAGUACACUGCCAUACCAAACAUUACUACAGUUUCCCACUGUAUAUAUAUAUGUGUGUGUGUGUGUGUGUAUAGUACUACUUAGCUUGUGUAAUGUAUUAUUCCUCUCAACAGCAGAAUGUAUGAAGGCUGGAAGUUGGUGAUACAUAUCAGGGAUAUACAGAAGAGCAGCUGGUGCAGCUGUUUUCUUGGAAAAGGUUGCAUUCUAGUGGUCACAGUGAGAGCUGCAGCUAAACACUCAAAUGUUUACAAGGAGUUCAAGAAUGAAAAACAAGGGCACUGAAUCUGAACUUUGUGUGUUGGCUCAAUGUAACAAGGGCAGUUUGGUCUAACAUUCAUGGUUUUUAAUGGAAAAAAAUCCCAGAAUGUGCUGUCGCUCAUGUACAGAUCAUGACUGGAUGAGGCACUGAUGGUGAUUGCUGCAGUAUAUGUUCUGGGUCAGAGCUGUGUUUUAUAGUUCAAACCUGAUAGCACCAGAGUUUUAUACAGCUUUCUGAGAUGAAAAUGUUUGGAAAAGACCUUGUAGGAGUUUACAGUCAUGCUCCUUUUCUUCUACGCUUGAGAUUGAACAUCCCAGUGACACCACAGAUUAAAUCUGAGGAUGAAAACAUUUUUAUGUGGGUGUAGGGCUGGGUGAUAAGGAUAGGUUGUUUUUCUACUGUCACUGCAUGUUCUGUAAUUUUCUUAGUGUUUUUCAAAAUGCUCUUUGGAAACAUUCAAAAUGAAGAUGAUCUGAGAUUAAGAUUUUGUUAAAGACAUUUAAAAUCAGUUGAACACAGUUUAAUGUAUUGAACAUAGUUUCUAUUGUUUUAUUUGUAAUUAUUUUAUGAUAUUAGGAGAUAUCAUAAAAAUAAUUGAAUUAAUAUUGUGACAGUUAUUUAAAUCAAAUCACCCAGCCCUACCGUAUAUUGCCAUCAUAUUUAAAACAUGUUUGGUGGUGUUCAUUACCAAUAUUUGCAAUAUUAUAUGUCAUAACAAUAACAUAUGUGGAUUCCUAAAUUGCUGCGCUCCCCUUGAAUUUUACUGGAUAAGAGACUGUUUUGGUCCCAUUAAUACCUUGGAACAAUGAUUUGGAGUGGAUGAAAUGAACUAAUGUGCAACCCUAUGAGUUUAUAUGCUGUCUGCAUUAGCUAAAAGAAGGCAGGAGGGCAGAGGGCUUUCUUUAAAAAAAAUUGCUUUGUAAAAUCAAGUAUCAUAGUAAAAAUGUAUUAUACUGUAAAUCAGUAUGCAUGUUGUUGUUUAGAUUUUCAUGUCUUUGAAAGACAGGGAAAUCCAUUUUUUUCCUUUGUGGUGGCUCAGCCUUGGUUUAACUGUAGGUAUGUAUUUACUAUUGUCACAUAUUUGACUUUACAAUUUAUACUGUAAUAGCCAUUUUUUCUAGUUUCUACCAGCUAUUAAUCAAUUCAGAGUGCAGGAGAGGGCAUUUUCAUAAAUAUGCAAAUACAAGGUCAUAUCAUCAUCAUCAUCAUCUCUGUUUUGUGUCAUCUAGUGCUGACACUGUAGGCCUGGUUGAAAUUGAGACUGAAUACAAUAUGUUGUGUUUUAGUCACAUUAGGUUCUUAUGGGAUGUUCUCACCGCCUCAUAGUCUUGUAUAAACUGCUGUAUAAUGUAUGCUACACUUAUCUUCUUAAGUCAGUGUGUCUUUGAUCUUCUCAGCACACUGACAUUUGACCAACCGACAGCAUCUUCACCUUUGUCUACAAGCAUCGUGGUCCUUUUGAAACCAGCACAGACCACUUUAUCUUAACAGUCCUCUAAUAAUUGUGCCAUAAUCCAGACAUCCUUGCAUGAGUAUGUAAGGAAAACUUUUAUUAACACUUUUGAAGUUUACAUUAUUACACUGUACAUCUGUAACAGGACUGAAUCAAUUCAUAAUUUUCAUGUUUCUUAAAGUUGCUUUUGAGAUUUGUUUUUACCAAAACAUGUUUUUACCUUGUAGAUUGUACAGAGAUAAAACUAAACACAGAUAUGUAAUACAACCUUGGCAUGCUGCUUAGUAAAGGAGAAAGAAAACAGCAAUAGCUAAGAACUGAAUGGGUAUUUAAA